AUUUGAGACCCUUUCCAAGGUAAGCUUCAUGACAAACCCUAUGAAAUCUCUGAAAUACUUGGACAUGAGCAGCAACUUGCUGCGCCAUGAUGCAGCAGAUGUGCAGUGCCGAUGGGCAGAGUCUCUGACAGAGCUGGACCUCUCCUCAAAUCAGUUGACGGAUGCUGUGUUUGAGUGCUUGCCAGUCAACAUUGAAAAACUCGACCUGCAAAACAAUCAGAUCACGAGUGUCCCCGAGGGCAUGGCUGAGCUGAAAUCCUUGAAAGAGCUGAACCUGGCGUCGAACAGGCUGGCUGACCUGCCGGGCUGCGGUGGCUUUACAUCCCUGGAGUUCUUGAACGUAGAGAUGAAUUUGAUCCUGACCCCGUCUGCCAACUUCUUCCAGAGCUGCCUGGGGGUGAGGGAGCUACAAGCCGGGCAGAACCCAUUCAAGUGUUCCUGCGAACUGCAAGACUUCAUCCGCCUGGAGAGGCGUUCCGGGGGGAAGCUGUUUGGCUGGCCGGCGGCGUACGUGUGCGAGUACCCGGAGGACUUGCGAGGAACGCGGCUGAAGGACUUCCACCUGAGCGAGCUGGCUUGCAACACGGCGCUCUUGCUUGUGACGGCCCUGCUGCUGACGCUGGUGCUGGUGGCUGUGGUGGUCUUCCUGUGCAUCUACUUGGACGUGCCGUGGUACGUGCGCAUGAUGUGGCAGUGGACGCAGACGAAGCGGAGAGCUUGGCACAACCAGCCCGCAGAGCAGGAGAGCGUGCUGCAGUUUCACGCCUUCGUUUCCUACAGCGAGCGCGAUUCGUUGUGGGUGAAGAACGAGCUGAUCCCGAACCUGGAGAAGGGGGAGGGCUGCGUGCAGCUGUGCCAGCACGAGAGGAACUUCAUCCCCGGCAAGAGCAUCGUGGAGAACAUCAUCAACUGCAUUGAGAAGAGCUACCGGUCGGUCUUUGUGUUGUCCCCCAACUUUGUGCAGAGCGAGUGGUGUCACUACGAGCUGUACUUUGCCCAUCACAAACUGUUCAGUGAGAAUUCCAACAGCUUAAUCCUCAUUCUGCUGGAGCCGAUCCCUCCGUACAUUAUCCCUGCCAGGUACCACAAGCUGAAGGCUCUCAUGGCAAAGCGAACCUACCUGGAGUGGCCGAAGGAGAGGAGCAAGCGUGCUCUUUUCUGGGCUAACCUUCGGGCCGCUAUUAACACU